UGCUGCGCAGCGGCUGCAGAUCGACUUCACGGCUGACCCUCGAGACGAGGAUUUUCGGACCCUGAACCGUGAAUUUUAAACGUGCGGAAGACUGUACGAUCCUUGGCAGUGAUCUGAGACUGUACAGUCCACUUUCGCCCUGUUUCUUCGCUACUGGAAUGGACUUUAUUAUGUUUUAGGAUCAAUUGUGCGUCUUUUGGGGUAUUUAAAGCGAGCAGACGGUGGUUGUGAGCGUGUCCUCUUCGCAAAGAUAUCGGAGCGCUGUUGAACUUCGGAGAUUACAAGGGAACAGCAACAUUGAGAAGGAGAUGACAGUGGAAAAAGAGAAGAAGAGAUGCAGUUCAGAGCGUCGUAAGGAGAAGUCUCGAGAUGCGGCGCGCUGCAGGCGCAGUAAAGAAACAGAGGUGUUUUAUGAACUUGCCCACCAGCUGCCCCUCCCACACAGCAUUAGCUCACACCUGGACAAAGCGUCCAUCAUGAGACUGGCCAUCAGCUUCCUGCAGACACGUAAACUUCUGGAAUCAGGCCGUGUCACAGAGACGUCAAAGAUGGACAGAAUGAUGGACAGCUGGUAUUUGAAAUCACUGGGCGGAUUCAUUACCGUGGUGACAUCAGAUGGAGACAUGAUCUUCUUAUCGGAAAACAUCAACAAAUUUAUGGGCCUCACACCGGUGGAACUAACAGGGCAGAGUAUCUUCGACUUCACUCACCCCUGUGACCAUGAGGAGAUCCGUGAGAACCUCAGCCUCAAAGCCGGCAUGGAGAAGAAAGGCAGAGAGCUAAGCACAGAGAGGGAUUUCUUCAUGAGAAUGAAAUGCACAGUCACUAAUCGCGGUCGCAACGUCAACCUAAAGUCUGCCAGCUGGAAGGUGCUGCACUGCACAGGGCAUCUGAAGGUGUGCAACGGCUGCCCUACGCGUAUGCUGUGCGGUUUUAAAGAGCCGCCGCUCACCUGUGUGGUCAUGAUGUGUGAGCCCAUCCCACAUCCCUCAAACAUCGACACGCCCCUCGACAGCAGAACGUUUCUGAGUCGCCACAGCAUGGACAUGAAGUUUACUUACUGUGAUGACAGAGUUACAGAGUUGAUAGGCUACAGUCCUGAAGAUCUUCUUGGUCGAUCUGCCUACGAGUUCUAUCACGCUCUGGACUCCAACAGUGUCACCAAAAGCCACCAGAACUUGUGCACUAAAGGCCAGGCAGUGAGCGGGCAGUACCGGAUGUUGGCUAAGCAUGGGGGUUACGUGUGGGUGGAGACCCAGGGUACCGUCAUCUACAACAGUCGUAACUCCCAGCCACAGUGCAUUGUGUGUGUGAACUACGUGCUGAGUGACAUUGAGGAGAAAUCAAUGAUCUUCUCUAUGGAUCAGACUGAGUCUCUGUUUAAGAGUCAUCACUUGGCAGGCAAAACGCUCUUCUCCAAACUCAAAGAAGAACAUGAGGAUCUGGCCCAACUGGCACCUACACCUGGUGAUACCAUUAUCCCACUUAACUUUGGUCAGCCCCAAUAUGAGGAGCUUCCACUAUACAGCAAAGUGUCUUCGAUUGGUCCUCCUGCCUCUCAGUCUUCUCAUAAGAAGAACUGCCCUGGAGACCUGCCCAAAAUGGCCGCCACUUUUUCUGUGCCUCAAGCUCCGCCUUCAAGCAGUGCGACUCCCACCCUGAGCACCUGCUCUACGCCUAGCAGCCCGGACGAUUACUACAGCACAGUGGACAAUGAUCUGAAGGUGGAGCUCACCGAAAAACUAUUUUCCUUGGACACACAAGAGACAAAGUCUUCUUACAACCAAGAGACUGACCUAAGUGAUCUGGACUUGGAGACGCUGGCUCCCUACAUCCCCAUGGACGGCGAGGACUUCCAGCUGAACCCCAUCUGCCCAGACAAACCCUCCACUGACAUUGGAGCCCUGGGAACUAACCAGCCGAGCUUCAGCAACAUUACCAGUCUCUUUCAAUCCUUGAGUUCCCCCUCAGCCCCACAGUUCCAGCCUAACAUGAGCUCAGGAGGAGAAAAGCAGACCAUCAAUGGAGGCUCAGUGGAGUCAUGGCAAGCACUUCCCUACAGUCAUGGGCCCAUGCAAAUGCCUCCUUAUCACGAUCCAGCCAGCACCCCUCUGUCUUCUAUGGGAGGGCGUCAAAAUCUGCAGUGGCCACCUGACCCUCCAUUACACAAGGCUGGAAUGAUGGAUCCUUUAGCUGCGAAGCAUUCUUGCCAAACCGUGCCACCCAGUCGAAUGCCAUAUUAUAUGCAAAGACCCAUGGAAAACUUUGCGCAGAACUACAGAGAUAUGAGUCCAGCUCAUCUCGCUCUCACUAACAACUUCAAGCGCUCGUUCACACAGAUGGCCAUGGUUGAGACAACGUCCACUAAAUCACAUCAGACAAUGUGGAAGAGACUUAAGAAUGAGAACUGUGCCGUCAUGGACAGAAGGCCUCUCAGCAAUAGCGCUUUAUCAGACAAAGGCAUGACCCAUAGGGGAGGCAUGGACCAGCAGCACAGGAAGACACAAUAUCCAGGUAAUCAGGCCGGACAGAACGCUGCGAAAUGCUAUCGAGAGCAGUGCUGCACCUACAGAGACUUCAACCUACAGACUUCUUCAAAAAUGGACGGAAUCGCGAGUCGUCUUAUCGGGACCUCCUUCAAGACCUACUCUCUGCCCGAACUGACGCGUUAUGACUGCGAGGUCAACGUCCCCUUGCAAGGAAAUCUUCAUUUGCUCCAGGGUAGUGACCUACUGAAGGCAUUAGACCAGGCCACCUAAAGCCGUCUGUAAAGUGAACAGAAAUGCAGUCUGUCUUUCUUAAGCUUAUCUCGCUAUCGUCAAGGCGACAGUAACCAUCCCAGCUUAGCACAUUUACUCUUAUACACACUCUCACAGUGACUGCAUAGACGGCAAAUGUAGCUUUGAGUCUAUUUUUAUUGUCUACAUCUUCAUAAAUCAUAUACAUGUACUAUUUUUUUAGUUAAAAGAAAGUUUCUGGAUGAACGUAAGUAUUUUUGGAGGAGUUUAACCGUUGUGUUGUGACUUUGGCCGGCUGGUUUUCUGCUUUUGGUGAAGACAUCUUCAGUAAAUUCUCAUUUGGUCUUUCAUGCUAUCUGUCAAUGAAAAAAAAACAAAAGGAAAAACAUCUACUGUAAUUUCUUCAGUUCGCUCUAACUUUCCUACCUCUUACACAGUAAGCCUUUUCUUCACUGACCACUUUCAAAACUCAUGUUGGAAUGAUUUUUGUGCCUUAUUUUGUUUAUUUAGUGGCUUCAUUUUUGUGUCGGUUUAUUGCCUUAUUCUGGAGACCACUCGAAAACAUGUAGCUGUAAGCAUACAUAUUUAAAGCAAAGCUUUAAUCUUAAGAUUUCUACUAUAGAUUUCUAUUCUUUGAUGAUAAAGUUACGUGUCGUAGCACUUAUUUGUCCUGGUACUUUGUCUUGUCUAUUCAGUAGAUGUGAAUCAGAGUCCUCCUUAUAGAAAAAAACAGUCUGUAGUGCUCGUGUCCCGUGUUCGUUUAUGGUGGCAUUUAUUUGCAAAUAUGCAAAUGAAUAUUAUGUUUAUUGGCAUGCCAAUACAAUUUGAUUUGAAAGUUGAAAUUGGAGUAAAACAUUUCCCCGGCUAUUUUUUUUAGACACGUUAUGUAGCAUAUUGAGUGCUUGGUUUAUUUGAGCAGUUUCUUGCUGUUGAUUGCGUUAUGCAGUUUUGCUCACACACGUUCUUACAUUAUAGCAUUAACUAUCUUUAUUCUAACUGUGUUUUAACGUCAACUCUGAGGUUGUCUUUAAAGUUGAAUCGUUCCGUUUUAAUGUCCUUAUAUUAUUUGAAUACUAUUAGUUUUGACUGAGACUCAUAGUAAUAUAAAGACAGUAGAUAUUUAGAUCUGAUGUUCUGUUAUGCUUAGGCACACAUUCACAAACACACAACCAAACACAUCCUCACGUGUCCUCUGUUAAAUUUUAACCCCUGGUGAAAACAGAGUGGCACGUGACAAAGAUUAAAAACAAUUGAAGGUACAAAGAGUCAGUUUUGUUAGCAGACUGGAGAUGUUCAUUUGUGGUGGAUUAGCUGUGUGAGAUGCUUCCUGACAGUUUGUGUGCAUGCACAACUGAGCAAAGCUUAUUUAGGAGAGGGAUGAACUCAUAAAACCUGUCAGAUACACGCCUGGGUCAUUCUUCAACCCAAAAUCAAAAGUAAGAAUUGCAUCUAAAAUAUAUAUUUAAUAUACAAAUGUGAAUGACAAUCACCCCCUAAACCCACAACAAAUAUCCCAUGAUUCUCAGUACAUAUUGCAUUUAAUCCUUAGUGUAAAAACAGAUAAUAGGAUAAAAUUAUGGAAUGUCUAUAUUGUGGUGGUACUUUUAUAGUAUGUUGAACAGCCGUUGUCGAUUUAAAAAUCUGUAAUUGCAGUAACAAAAAUUCAAUAAUAAUGAACACUGAGAAUGAUAGCAAUACAAAACAAUCAUAGUAAUGAGGACAUUUAGGAAAAUGUUUCCCAUUUGUCCUGAAAACACUGUAAAUUUAGUGCAAAAUAUCCCAAUGAUCCAAAAAGAUCAACAUUUGUUUAAAACUAGAUCUUGAAAAUAUAUUUUAAUUUCAGGACAGUCUAUCUGAAACUGUGAUAGACAGUUACAGUAGACAAUAUUAGUAUAUAGACAAGACACGUAGAGAGAUAACAGGUGUGUAAGAGGUGAGGGUCAGACGAUGAGAUCUGUCCACUGAUGCAGAUCUCUCCAGCCUCUCCACAUCUUGAGAAAUGUGAAUGUCUCUGGGGGGGUUAAUAGAUGGUUGUUUGGGGUGGUUAGGGUAUAGGUACAUAGAGUUAUGCAUAUUUUCCCCCAAAUAUUUUAAUAUAAAGUAAAUGACAGAUUUUAUGUGUUUUAUUUUAGAAAUAACAUCUAUAGUAAGAAACGUCAACUCAGUGCAUUACAGUGUUUAAUCCCUUUUUAUUUAUUUAUUAUUUUUAAUCACUACCUAAUGAUGGCAAUAAUCUCACAUUUAAAUGGUUACAAAGGUGCCUUAACACAAAUACAUUUAAAUGCCGGUGAGCCCUGCCCAUUUAGCCAUAUCGCACACAAAAUAGCAAUGCUUUAUAUUUAUUACUUGAAUUUUAAGAAAUUAAUGCCAAAGUAAAAGUCUCACAAAAACUCACCACUUAGUUCAGUGGCUUUCCCUAACUGCGCAGCCAUGAUGCUGGUGUUGAUUUAAGAGCUUCUGAAUGUGUGCAGAUUGAAGUGGUAAGUUUUUCAUUCACCAGUCUCGCACCCUUGCUAGACAAAAAUACAUUUGAAAUUCAAAUGAAUCUGUCCGAACUUUGACCUGAUUGGUUUUUCUUCAACUUUAAAGACAACAUUAGUGGUUUAUUUUGACAGCGUGCGCUCUAUUAAAAUGACAGGUGUUUUAGUCAUGUUAAGCAAAGUACGUACAUAUUUUAAUAUUCUAGAUUUAUAUUGGCAUUAUUACUGUUUUUAAGAUUAUUGUUGACAUUACUGUAUGGGAAAUUUUAUCCAAUAAGAAGUUGUAUCUCUGCACUGAUAUCUUAUUAAAGCAUAUCAAUUCCA